UUAGCCCUUAGGUAGUGGUAGACCCUUCAAGCUCAGAUCUGUUCCUUUUAAAAAAAUAUCUCCCUCUCUCUCAGUCAUUCAAGAAGUCAACAAAAUCUCCAUUAACACACACUUGAAGCUUCAUACUUCUUCUUCUUCUUCUGAAUAUGGCUGGGAAUGGGGAUGAUCUAAGAAUGAAGCUAUUGUUCCUUGAAAAUAGAGAAAGUCUGGCAAGACUUUUGUUCCCAAAUGAAGCACAAGUUAGAAUGGAAAUUACAGAAGUCGAUGACACUGUGAAGCUUCUCCCAUUGUAUGCCAUGAACUUGAACGAAACUCCAUCAUCCGUUUCUGAGGAAGAACAAGUUGCUCUAAUUCAUAGGAUAGCUACGGUCUCAAAAUCUGUUGAACUUGGAAAGCGUUAUUUUCCUCGGUGCAAUGAAGUACUCGAUAAAAUAAUGGAGUCGGAUGAAUUAUUAGAACUCGCCGGUUAUAACUCUGACCUCCCUGAAGAGCGAGUAAUGAAGAGGGAGAAGUUUAUGGAACUACAAGAGAUGUUCGAAAUGGCAUUUAACCAAGACAAAGAAGACACCAUUUCAACUUCGUCACCGAGUUCCAUCUAAGAUUCGUGCACCACAAUAAUAGAUAGUGAAACCUUUCAUAUUAUGUUGUCAACAGUCAUUUAUGUUGUGUUGUUUUAAUGUAACGAGUGAUCUACACGUUAAAUAUAGACAAGUACCCUCCCUUAUACAUAAA